UUUCCUGCCUGGGGGAAGGGGCAGGCGCAGAUAAAAGGCAUGCAGAGAACCCGGGGAAGCCACAGUGCCUUGGCGCUUCAAAUCCCCGCGCCUGUUCGCUUCCCUCUAGCCGCGCUCUGCUCGCCACCAUGAGCCUCGCGCCCCGCCGCGCCGCCUGCAUCCCCGGCCCGUCCGCCUCGCUGUGCGUGCUGGUCCUGCUGUUGCUCCUGCUGACGCCGCGGGGUCCCCUCGCCAGCGCUGGUCCUGUCGCAGUCAUAGUCAGAGAGCUGCGUUGCCUGUGUUUAACCACCACACCGGGGAUUCCUCCCAAAAUGGUCAGUAAUCUGCAGGUGAUCGCCGCGGGACCGCAGUGCCCCAACGUGGAAGUGGUAGCCACUCUGAAGAACCAGAGGGAAGUCUGUCUGGACCCAGAAGCCCCGUUGGUGAGGAAGAUCAUCCAAAAAAUUUUGCACAGUGGAAACAAGAAAAACUAGAAGAAAGGACCAUGCACUAAAAUUGCCCAUUCUUGGACAGAGCGAUUUCCUAGCUGUCUCUGGACCAGUGAAGCAAGAAGCAAGGGUUGAUUUUCUCCAGUGAGUUAGGUUUCUUCCUGAAUUCUCCACUUUGAGAGAUGGGGUGGGGGGUGCUGGGGGGGGUUGUUCCCUGUGGCUUUUUGCUCAGCUUUUGAAGUAUUCAGCAUUGUAUUUCCUGCUAUUUAGUUGCUGUUAUUUUAUCUACUAUACUAUUGAAAUCUUUGGCAGUUGACUAAACUGUGAGUCAGGAAUCACUGGUUAAUCUUUCAAGGUGACUGUGUAUUGCUAGAAUAUAGUCCUGCAGUAUUACUGAAAAGGCUGUGACUUUAAUAUGUGAAUGAUAUUUCAUUAGAAUGCUGUAUAUGGGGAUAAACUGUUAUCCUCAUUCUCAUGGAAUAGGAAAUAUUUUAGCAUUAUUUCUUUGGCAAUACAUUGGAGAACUUCUUUGCUCUUGACCCUAGGAUGCUAUAUAAAUUGUAUUGCAUUAGUAAAUCUGGGGUGUAUCAUACAUUUAUCUGUGUAGAAUAUAUUUCCUUAUUUAGAAUUUUUGAAUGUUUAAGUUCUACAAGGAUUAAUAUAUUCUUUUCCUAUAACUUUAGACAUUUGAUGUCUUCUUAGUAUGGCAUAAUGUCAUGACUUACUCAUUAUAACUUUGAUAUUAUAUGGUAUUUAUUAACUAUUUUACUAGGAGUAUUGUAAUUCUAGUCAUUAAAUAUAUGUUUUGGAUAGGUGAAAAGGCUAAGAAACAGGUAAAUUCCUUAUUUCUAGUUUUUUUUAGAAAUGCACUUUUAGUUUUCUCAGAAUAAAGCUAUCUUAAUGAUCUGUACUCUGAAAGUUUUGAAAGCAUAUUGGAACUAUUGAAAUAUAAACUCAUUUAGUUUUAAAAAAAGUACAUAACUAACAUUUAUAGAUGCCUAUAAUGUAUCUUUUUAAGGUUUUGAUCAUUUUGCUAAAAAGAAUUACAUAUGCAUCACAUUUACUAUGCUAAAAUUACCCUUAUUUUUGUGUAUCUCAUUUGUUUAUUGUACUUUUGCAGAAAAAAUAAAAGAUUUAUAA